UACAGAAGGUUGUACGUCACAAGUCAUUUCUCCCACAAGCAUACAAACAAAACAAGGAUAAAAGAAAAAUAGCGAUUGAAAUGAAUUUAUUUCCCAAAUACCGCAACCAAUUACAAAACACUUGUUAAUUAAUUAUCCUCAGAUGCUGGGCCCCACUUAAACAGUUUAAUUCGGCCGCCAGCUUUGUCGUCUCUUUCGUCUCCGUCCAUCCCCCAUCCCCGUCGUUUGACCCUUCUCUCUCCUUCUUCCUCUUCUUAUUCACUCUCUUCCACUUCCCUUUCUUCAUUUAACUUUCCCUCCUUCCACCCACACCCACACCCACACACCCUCUCUUUUCCUUUAUUAUGACGCGCCAUAAGACCUCGCUUCUCUGGAUCACUCUUGCCCUUUGACCCUGCUUCUCUGGAUUCGCUUUUCUCUCUUCGCUAUACAGAUAACAGACCAAACGCAGACAUGACUGGCAGUAAUGAACUCAACCUCAAUGAAUCUAAGAGUGUUGUUCCACUCAAUACUUGGGUGCUUAUAUCCAAUUUCAAGCUGGCUUACAAUCUUCUAAGACGUGCUGAUGGAACAUUCAAUCGAGAGUUGGCAGAAUUCCUCGACCGCAAGGUCCCGGCUAAUACAAUUCCGGUUGAUGGAGUGUUCUCUUUUGAUCAUGUUGAUCGAAACACCGGGCUCUUCAACAGGGUGUAUCAACUAGCUCCCCAAAACGAGUCUCGGUGUAGCAUAAUAGAGUUGGAGAAGCCUCUGAGCACAACAGAGAUUGUUCCUGUUAUAAUUUUCUUCCACGGUGGAAGCUUCUCUCAUUCAUCCGCGAACAGUGCUAUCUAUGACACUUUCUGCCGCCGCCUUGUGAGCAUUUGCAAGGCCGUGGUUGUUUCUGUAAACUACAGGCGAUCGCCGGAGUACCGGUAUCCUUGUGCCUAUGACGAUGGCUGGGCGGCGCUUAAGUGGGUUAAGUCAAGGACGUGGCUUCAGAGUGGAAAGGAUUCCAAGGUUCAUGUGUACUUGGCUGGGGAUAGUUCUGGUGGUAAUAUUGCUCAUCAUGUGGCUGUGAGGGCUGCUGAGGAAGAUAUUGAGGUGCUUGGUAACAUUCUUCUUCAUCCACUGUUUGGUGGGGAGAAGCGAACCGAGUCAGAGAAGAAACUGGAUGGCAAGUACUUUGUGAGGCUGCAAGACAGGGACUGGUACUGGAGAGCUUUUCUUCCUGAAGGUGCGGAUAGAGACCAUCCGGCGUGUAACCCGUUUGGCCCCAAGGGUAAAAGCCUUGCAGGACUCAAGUUCCCCAAGAGUCUUGUUUGUGUGGCUGGUUUGGAUCUUCUCCAAGAUUGGCAAUUGGAAUAUGUGGAAGGUCUUAAGAAUUCUGGCCAAGAUGCCAAACUUCUUUACCUAAAGGAGGCCACUAUUGGUUUCUACUUCUUGCCAAAUAAUGAUCAUUUCUAUACCCUUAUGGAGGAGAUAGAGAACUUCGUCAAUUCUAACUGUUAAUAUACUACUUAACCUUACUUACAGAAGCCCAUACAUAACUAGAAGCCUGACAUUUCACCUGGGUAAUCUUUUUUUUUUUUUUUUUUUUUUUU